AGCACUGCUCUUAAUUAUGGCAGUUUGAAAUGUACUUACUACUAGCAGCAAGGUCGCGAAGUGGCACUGCUGCUUGACAUUUUGGAUAUCGUUACCAGUGUAAUGGAGUGCUACACGCCGCAUGUCACAAACGUGGUUCAGUUGAUAACAUGCAGUGAAAAUGAUGUUGAAGUUUCAAGGAGUUAGAGCGGUCUGUACACCAUAUUUUAAUUUUGCAGCAGUGUUAAUGAGUUGUUGUAUGAGUGCUAUAGAGUAAGAUUUUAGCAUUAAAACACGGAGUGCUCGCGGUGUAAACACAGCUAGCUGACAGGAGCUAGCUAAGUUAAAUACCGGUAAACAUGAGCUCCGCUCCAAAUCACGGUGCCGUUAACGUUACAGAGACAGGGCUGUCCGGCAAACCUGCUGUCUCAAUAGCCGGACAUGUCCAGCAGGUCUUCAGCCAUGUGAAGAUAGAAAACCUGGUCGCGGGACUCAGUGGAGGAGUGGUGUCAACACUGGUGCUUCACCCUCUGGAUCUGGUCAAAAUCAGGUUUGCAGUAAGUGAUGGAUUGGAAUUAAGACCUAAGUACAAUGGCAUAUUGCACUGUAUGAAGAGUGUUUGGCAGCAGGAGGGAGUGAGAGGACUCUAUCAAGGAGUGACACCCAAUGUUUGGGGUGCUGGAGCAUCUUGGGGUCUCUACUUCUUGUUCUACAAUGCAAUCAAAGGGUACACGAAGGAGGGUCGUCAAACUGAACUGAGUGCCACAGAGCACCUGGUGUCUGCAGCCGAAGCAGGCAUCCUAACGCUCACCCUAACCAACCCAAUCUGGGUGACCAAGACCCGGCUGGUGCUGCAGUACAAUGCUGACCCAACCAACAAACAGUACAGGGGGAUGAUGGAUGCUCUGGUCAAGAUCUACCGCCAUGAGGGAGUGCCUGGACUAUACAAGGGUUAUGUUCCUGGUCUGCUUGGCACAUCUCACGGAGCACUGCAGUUCAUGGCCUAUGAAGAGCUCAAGAGAGACUACAACAAGUACAAGAAGGUGCCUUCAGAAGCGAAGCUGAAUGCAUUGGAAUAUAUCGCAAUGGCAGCAUUAUCCAAAAUAUUUGCUGUGGCCACAACAUACCCGUAUCAGGUGGUGCGAGCUCGCCUGCAAGACCAGCACAAUAGAUACAAUGGAGUUAUUGAUGUUGUCAGACGGACAUGGAGGAACGAAGGCGCCAUUGGUUUCUACAAAGGCAUCAUCCCCAACUUGAUUCGUGUCACUCCUGCCUGCUGCAUCACCUUUGUAGUUUAUGAGAAUGUGUCUCGUUUCCUUCUCAGACAAAAUGAAUGAGACUUAAAAGCCUGGCAUGGACAGCUGCAAAGACUCACACUGACACUUUGCAUCAGACUGAAGCCGAACUCUCAGCGCAGUGUUCAUGUAAAUGUGCUGAUGUGAGAAGCAUUCAUUUACACUGAAAAUGAAGGAAACGGUUGCCAAACUGAGCAAAGGAAUGAACGGUGGAUUUUUCUUUUAAUGUAAACCGUUUUUUAGUGAAAUGCGAUGGCGUUGAAGAUGGCAUCUGUCACUGACUCAGAUGCGUGACAAACACUUUGACUUAUGGGGAAAAGUAUGGUGCGCUACACACCAAAGGACGUGCUGCUGCGAUGUUUGUCAGCAUUUCAGGCUUAUGCCAGAGGAGGAUGAUAAAUAUUUCAUCAUAGUUAUGUUUACAUUUGAUGUUUUCUGGCAGCAGAAAGGGAUACGGGCUGAAAUAAGAAAAGCUGGUUAUCUAUAUCAAAUUAGAGAUCUUCUCAGGUUUCCAGUUGCAUGUAUGUGUAAUAUUAGUUUGUCUUUUAAAUUAUUUCUUUAUGUAAACAGACAGCCGCAAUGGAGAUGAUUUUUGGUUCCAAAUACAUUUAUCCCACAAUUCA